GAAUACGACCUUCCAUUCAAAGCAGAGUCAUUCUCAGUGUGUGGGUGCUGCGUUCACGUCACAGUCACACGCUGACGAGAAUCAUGGCAAAGAAACUGAUGAUCAUCGACACAGACUGUGGCAUAGACGACGCUCAGGCCAUCAUGAUGGCCCUGGCUGCUCCCAACGUCCACAUCCUGGCCGUCACCUGUGUGUUUGGAAACGCAGCGGUGGACAACGUGUGUCAGAACGUCCUCACGGUGCUUUCUGUCUGUGAGCGCCAGGGGAUCCCGGUGUUUCGAGGUUCCGCUGUUCCUCUGGUCACAGUAUAUGACCACAUUCAAGACCACUUUGGAAGUGAUGGAUUGGGAGAUGUGAUUAAAGACAAAGAUCCAAAGUGGGAGGAGAAGAUCCAGAAGGAGCAUGCAGUGAACGCAAUGGUCAGACUGGUGUCCGAGAACCAGAACCAGGUCUCACUGGUGGCGCUUGGCCCGCUCACUAAUCUCGCGCUGGCUGUCAGACUGGACCCACAUUUUCCCCAAAAGCUGAAAGAUCUUUACAUCAUGGGAGGAAACAUGGAAGGAAAAGGAAACGUGAGACUGUGUGGAGAGUUUAACUUCGUCAUGGACCCUGAAUCUGCCUACGUUGUUCUUGAAGAAUUUCUGUGCCAGACGUUCAUCGCAACAUGGGAGUUCUCGUGCAGAAAUGCUCUGACAUGGGAGUUCUUUGAAGAACUGAUGAACCAGGACGCGCCCGCCGCUCGCUUCAUGAAGAUGAUAACGUCCAAGUGCUGGGCUUACUCCAAAGAGGCCAUGAAGAAUAAGAGAGACAUUUACUUCGGACCCGGCUUCGUCUCGUACGACUCUUACGCGAUGGCAGCCUGCAUUGACGGCAGCGUGGUAACGGAGAGCGUGGAGUGUCCGGUUCGCGUGGAGCUGCAGGGCUCCAUGGCACGCGGCAUGAUGGUGCUGGAUCGCACGGACGAGCUGAAGAAGAGCCACAGCGUGUCUGUCUUCUCCAAGUGUGAUGUUGCCAGAUUUGGUCAGCUGCUGAUGGAGUCUCUGCGACAACCAGGGAUUAAAUAACCUGUGGUGCUUUCAUGGAAGAGGGAUUUACGUUUUCAAACUGGUUUGGGUUUGGAAGACGGCAUCGAGGAAGAGGACGAUCACAGAUGGCCUAUAUUUUUACUUCACAAGAGGCUUCCGAGUACAACAAUAUAGUAAAUGAGUUUUCAUUUUGUAGUCUGAAACACUUACUUUGUAAUCAAAUAACACCAGGGGUCCAGUACUUUUUAAUGGUGUCGUCUUAUUGUAAGAUGUUCUUGGCUUAGAGAAAAUUCAGAACCCCCAAAUAGAUGUAUGUAAGGUUUAAAUAUUCUAAUACUGUACUAGUGUACAAUAGAAGACUCAAACUCAGGUGUUGUAUAGUCAGAGGUUGACCCAUACAUGUCGACAGAUUAGAAUAGAGUCAGAUAUGUUUGGCCAGUUUUCUUAUAAAUUAUAUUCAAAAUAGCUUCAAACUAUUAGGUCCGUGUUUCCACUUACUGGACGUAUAUAUUCUAAAUAAAAUAACUUCUAACACAUGAAGCAAGUGGUAAAAAAAAACAACCAAACAAUCCUUGCAGGUAAUCGUCAACCUCUAGUUUCAGUUCAGUGUCUGUGGUGGAGAAAAGUUCAUCCACUUGGACGUAACAAUAACUUGUGGCUGCAGGGGGCGCCACUGCCCAGCAAAAAGGUACCAAAGUAUUGCUCCGAUUGUGCAACUGAGGUGUUUUUUCAAAGACGAUGUUAAUGUUACACGGGAUUGAUUGAUGAAGCAUCAUUCUAGAAAGCUGUUUACAGCUGAUACACCGAAUUGUAUCCAAGUUUGUUUUUUGUUAAAUGAAUUUUCAUAACUUUGUUUCUACUUCAAUACAAUUGAUGUAAAAAUGAAUUUGGAUUAAACAAAAAUGUAUAAUCCAAUAAAAGUGUUGAUCAUAAAUUCUAAAAAUGACUUUUCAUUACUUUCCUGAGCUUCAUGAUACUUUUAAAAUGUAGUCCUGUUGUGUAUUGUCUAGUAUAUCUGCAGUAGUACAGUAGUACACUACUGAAAAUAAAAUAAAAGGAGACAAAA